ACACAGCACAGAAGGGUUUCCUUUCUGUCACCCCGAUGGCUGCUUUGCGCUCCUUCUCUGCAUCUCCUCACUCAUUUCUGCUGCUGCUCCUUCUCCUGCAAAUGUUCGGUGCCAAAGGCCAAGAUUUGGAAGUUCUGCAGCCCCCAGGACCCUUGUCUGUGUCAGCAGGAGAGACCCUCACUCUGACGUGUACAGUAAAAGGAACUGGUCCACCAGGAGGCGUGAAAUGGCACAAGGGGUCGGACAGAAAGCAGCCCAUUUACAGUGAUAGAGGACAAUAUCCCCCACGUGUGACCAGGGUUGUUCCUGGAUCACGAAUAGACUUCAGCAUCCGCAUCAGCAACAUCCGACCUGAGGAUGCUGGGACCUAUUACUGUGUCAAGUACAGGGCAGGAUCCCAAGAAACAGAAUUUAAAUCGGGAGUGGGCACUGAGGUUUCCGUGAUUGCCACGCCAUCCCAGCCAUCUAUUGAGGGUCCCAUGAGCAGAGUGUUAUCUGGGACCUCGGCGACUUUCACCUGCAUGUCGGAUGGAUUUUCCCCCCGAGCCAUCAAAGUCACUUGGCUGAAAGACAACACCAGGAUCGGGUCCCCAGAGCCCACCGUUCUGCCAGAAGGAGACAGCAUCUCCUACCAAGCGCUGAGCAAGGCACAGGUGCCACUCACAAGAGACGAUGUGAAGUCCCAGCUCAUCUGCCAGAUUGAACACGAGACCUUGCAGAGUCCCCUGCGGGAGUUUUUCAAACUUCGAGAUAUCCUACGAGUUCCACCCAGAGUGAAGCUGGAAGCCAACCCAGCCAACCCCGUCCCGCUGAACGAAUCGGUGACCUUCAGCUGCAGCGCAGAAGGGUUUUACCCAGAAGACACAACCAUGGCCUUGACUCUGAACAGCAGCCUGAGUGAAACAGGAACGGCUGAGCCCAUGGCCCAGAACAGGGAUGGGACAUUCACCCUCAGAAGCUCCCUGAAGCUGAAUGCCACGGAAGAAAGGAACCAGUCUGCAUUUACUUGCCUGGUUACGCAAAACUCUCAGCCUGUAGCAACUGAAACGUCAGUGCUGAACAUCAGGGUGCCGAAUGAAGGAAGUGAAAGCGUCACUAUGGAGCCAGGUAAAUGUGGGUCGUGA